CGUGGUGGGAUGGCAAUGGCAAAGACACUGAGGUCCAGAGAAGGACCCACCUCUUUUCCCAGCUAACAACAGUAGGACGAGGGGUGAUGGUCACGUGUUGUUCCAGGGGAGGUGCAGGUUGGAUAUGAGGAACAAUUUAUUCACCAAAAAAUGGUGAUACAUUGGCAUGGACUGCCCAGGGGGGUGGUGGGAUCACCAUCUCUGGAGGUAAGAACCACGAAGAGGUGGCACUUGAGGACGUGGUCAGAGGGCACGGUGGAGGUGGGCUGGGGUUGGUCUGGGGAUCUGAGAGGUGUUUUCCAGCCUUAAUGACUCCAUGAAUCUAUCAGUGGGCAUGGUGGGGAUGGUCUGAUGGAUGGACUUGAUGUCUUGGAUGUCUUUUCCAACCUUAAUGAUUCUAUGAUGAGCUGGAUGGAAAGGGAAAGCGACGUACAUAUCCCAUCCAUCCCCUUCAGAAUGCCAACAGCCCUCCAGUGUCCAUCUCUCUGAGCAGGGACACGGAUAGGAGCUCUGGAAGCAUCAUAGUGAAAGGGCUGGGCAAGGACCUGGGGACUAAAGAUAGGCGAGGCGGCAGGGCAGAGCAGCUCCUUGCUGCAGGAUGCCAGAUGUUUACGCAAGUUCCAGGAGAGAAUGUGAGGGUUUGUGGAGGGGAAAUCCAGUGUGAAAUUUUGAACAUACAGAAACUGUGAGCAAUUUGAGGGAACAGGAUGCUUGCCCUGUUCUCAGAGCCUUUCCUAGGCUUCCACUCAGCCGUAUCUGCCAAAGGGAGGAGAUGGCUGAAAUACGCCGUGGUCCAGCCCUGUUGUGUGCCCACGCUCUCCCUGCCCUUGCCUGGAGGAGGUGAUGCCACCACGGCUCCAUGGAGAAACCAAGAAGGAUCCAUGCUCUGGGCUUCUGCUAACAGCUCCUAUCAACCAGUACAUCUGCAAGUGAAAAGGCUGCAGCUGCUGCAACUGCUUAUCUGUAGGGUGUGAAACAAAUCUCUGUCACUUUGUCACGUCAGGUUUUUCCUUGAUGCUCUGUCUGCAGCAGUCUUUGCACGAGAAUGACAGCUUUCUGCUCAAGAAGGGCUCUGGGGGCAGGAGGGAGGGCGCAUUUCCCAGCAGCCAGCAUCAGGCCCAUUUCGUCAUCACCAGAGGAAGGAACUGCCAGUUUGGGGCAUGACCCCUCCUAUAGGGCCAGCGGAUGGGCAGUAUCCCAAACCCUCCUCCCCACAGACCAGGGACAGAGGCAGCCCUGGGCGCCAUCCUUCUGAGGGUGGAGGGGCAGUGAAGCAUUGUUUAAUGGGGAACAAUCACAUCUGGAGUCAGUGGAGUCCAGUUGAGUUGAGUCAAGACCAGUAGAGUCCACUUGAGUGAAGUCUGGUGUUGUCAAGCUCAGUGGAGACAAGUCCAGUAGAGCAGAAUCAAGUUGAGUUGAGUUCUGUAGAGCCCAGUAGAGUAGAACGGAGUAAUUCAGGUGGAAGGGACGUACAAGGAUCACCAAAUCCAACUUCCUGAUCACUUCAGGGCUAACCAAAACUUCAAGUAUUUUAUUAUGGGCAUUGUCCAACAGCCAGAAGGCGCCUUGCUAGGAAGCCUGAUCCAUGUUUGAGCACCCAAACUAGAAAGAACACAUAGAAGGGUGUCUUUUUCCAUACACAGCAGGGCUCCAAAGCAGCAGAGCAGGGGCCUCGUGGUGCCAGCAGUGGUGUUGCUGUGCAGCUCCCUGCCCUCAGCCAGCCAUAACCUACGUGGUGUUUUGGGGGGCUGCUCCUUGGGCUCCGACCGCAUCUACCAAGAAGAAGUAGGAGGGUCCUCGGGGCCUUCUUGGAGACGGUACAUCAUGUAAAAGAAAUCUUUGUUUUGCAAGGCUCAUGAUAACAUCAAGAGAUGCAAAGAGUUGCGAAAACAACAACAACACGGGCUGCAGUGUGAUGGGGUGGACGUGCUCCCUACAGCCUCCAGCUCAGAGGCCAUGGGAUAACGCAGCCUUUGGGUCCAGGAGGGCUCCAGGUACCCCAAAUCCACCCCACAUGGAGGUGGACCAUUGCCCAAAGCUGCCUGAAUUCCCCUCUCAGAUUGCUGAGGUUUGCACUUUGCAGUGAGAUUAAUCAGAUGAAGUGCGACCUCUGUGGUUUCCUGGAGUCUCGUCUCAGGGUAUAAAUUCUUCCUGAGAGCAGGAAGAGACCCCACUCACAGCCUCACCCCUGGGGCAUCCUCGAGGCCAUGCAGCACCCACAGAGACUCCUGCUGACCAUCCUGCUGCUGGCGUGGCCUCUGGACACGGCUGGUCACUCCUGGAGCCGGUUGGACCGGGGCGGCCGGGCUCUGGCUCAGUCCAGGCCAUACAUGGCUUAUCUGCGGGGCAGGGAUGGUGGAUUCUGCGGGGGCUUCCUGGUGGCCCCUGGCUGGGUGAUGACGGCCGCGCAGUGCUACAGCCUCAGACCCCUGACCGUCAUCCUCGGAGCCUGCGACAUCCAGAGGAAAGAGGAGAGCUGGCAGGAGCUGCAGGUGCAGAAGUACCACUGCCACCCACAGUACACGAAUCGCGAGGAGGGGCACGACAUCCUCCUGCUGGAGCUGAAAAGCAAAGCCGUCGUGAACGACCGCGUGAGGCCCAUCUCCUUCUCAAACACGAGGUUUCCCGGAGGGGCGACGUGCAGCGUCGCCGGGUGGGGGCGCGGAGCCUCCAAUGCUGCCCUCUGUGAGGCCAACGUCACCAUCAGCAAACAGAGGGACUGCUUCACCAUCUACCCCGGCCUCGCCGAUCACGUCCUGUGUGCCACCAGCAGCAGCAACGGGGUUCCUGAUGAGAGAUAUACUGGGAGCCCCCUCGUGUGCAACAACAGAGCCUACGGGAUCUACUCCUACCCCUACCGGCAGCGCAUGUCCUUCUACACAGACAUCAGACCCUACCUGCCCUGGAUCAGCCGUGUGAUGAAGUCCUGAGGUGGCAGUGGCUGCUCUCACCCCACGCGGCGCCCAUUGCCCUCCUGCUGCCACUCCAUCCUCCCCAGGGAAGCCCCCCGGGAUCCCCCUUCUGGUGUAGAGCCCCGUUUGCAGGGUGGGCUGCACACCCAGAGGAGGGGCUGCAGCUCUCAGGACGCAGCGAGCAUCUCCUCCUCCUCCCUGCUGUGUGGCACCCGGCUGCUUUCAUUCACCACCCAUUUGUGACACCCUCCAUCCUUUCCCUGCCUCCUUUCCCCCCUCCUGCUGCAGCUCUGUUGUAAUAAAGACAGAAAACCAAUAAAGUGCAUCUGCUUUGAAGUCCUUUUCCCUGCGGUGACGUGGAUCUGUGGCAGCCUCCAGCCCUGAGCAGCUCGGGGAUGGGGAGGG